AUGUCCUCCUCCUCCUCUACUCCCAUGAACCCUCCUGUUUAUGCAGUCCCCGCGCAAACCCUCAAGCACUUCCAAUCCGACCCUUGGACCUCCAGUUUCCUAAGCCUGGCCACCCACACCGCUAUAAAAACAUCCUCCAGAACUUCUGACCCCUCAACCGGUGAAGAUGCCUUCAUUGCCCACACAAUCGGCUCACCGACCACAAUCCCUUACUGCCUCACCCUGCGCAAAACACAUCCAGACACACCACCGCCAAAGCCGCCAUACAUCCGCUUCCCGCCUCCUGCCACGGGCCCUGAUGCACCCAAACCGACGCCCAUCCAUUCAGGGAAAGUCGACCUCUUCACGCUCUUCGCUCUCGGCACGCCGGGCUUAAACGGCCAUGUAAACACAGCGCAUGGCGGCGUCGUUGCUACCCUACUCGAUGAAGUCAUGUCCAUGGCUGUCUCGGUGCACAUCCCGGGCUACGACGAGAAUGAGAGCGUGGAGCGCGCGCGUCUAUAUACGGCGCAGCUCGACGUUCGCUAUCGGAAGCCCGUGCGGGCUCCUGGCAUGGCUGUUGUGAAGGCGUGGUGUGUGGCGAGGGAUGGGAGGAAGUUUUGCAUGCAGGGUCAGCUUGUGCAGGAGGAAGAGGCGGGGGAAGGGAGGGGGAAGGGUCAGCUGGAGUGGGUUAAGAGGAAGGUUGUUUGUGCGGAGGCGUAUGGAGUUUGGGUGCAGGUGAGACAGGGGAGGUUGUGA